AUGCUGAAGAGCCCGGGAAGGCGUCCGCUGGGAACGAGGACGGAAGACACACGACUCAACAGCCAGAAGGCGCCUCCGAAAGAUUCUCAUCACAUCAACGAACCAUCCGGUGAAGCUGCUUCGCAGCUCCUCAUGGCAACUGCAUGCCUCGGAUCGGGUCUUGUCCGUUCAAAAGCGCGGGAUCCGGAGGCCGCGCCGGGGCCAUCGCCGUUGGCGGCAGACUCUGGUCGUGCCGCGUGGCCUCAGAGGUCCGCCGACCCAUUUGAGACAGGCGUGAAUUCCUCCACAAGUGCGCCGACGUUCGUCAGAGGCAGCGACGCUGUUGCACCCACCGUGCACGCAGAAAAUGGGACACAUCACCAGGAAGACGGAAAGAGAAAAGAUGGCGGCAGUGGCGCAGACUUCACACCCACCGCUGCGGUUGCCCUCCGCGUAAAAGCGAAUACACCACGUAGCUCUGCGCACAACAGUCCAUACGAAGUUGGCGGUCCUGAAGCAUGCACAGGAAGUGAUCGCAAUGGCCUUUCCCCGGCGUGCUUGACCGAAGUGGGAAGCGACGAGAAUCUGCUGGCUUGCCCCCCAGGCAUGGAAGGAGACCAAGCCGUCGCCUCGGGAACUGUGGACGGUGGAGAUCAGCGGCCGAUGGACAACCCCGACGGGGACAACGUGCGCGAUACGACAGUUCUCCCAGGUGAAGCGAACACAGAGGAGAUGCCGGGAGAUCUGGCCGAGGAAAGGCCGUAUCGCCCCAAGCCGUUGGCACCUCCGGUUUCGUUGACGGGAAACUCGGUGACCAUGCCAAGCCGGGACCGCUCACCGUUCCCUGCUGUUUCUACUUCGUUCUCCUCAUUCGAGGAACUUCCCUCCGUUUAUGGGUCCUCGCAGCCUGAUGGAAGGAGCAUCAUCGGCGAGGGCAUCCGGUCCCAGAUUUCCGACGAACUCGACGGCAGAGACGAAUCAGACAGAGUCACGAAGGAAGAGAUAGACCAGUUCCCGCACGCGGUUGCGUCAGACACACCUGACGACACAUCCUUCUUGCCUUAUGAGUCUGAAUCAGCGUCGCGCCGCACCUCUCCUGAGUCGGGCACAACAACCCCGCAGGCGCCGUCUUCGUCGACUUCCUCGUCUCUCUCGCCGGUGCUUGUGUCUCCGCUUUACAGUGGAGCUCCCUCGCCUAUGUUGACGAGCGCGAGCUCGGGGCCCAUGUCAUGGGCUCUCGCGUCAGUUCGCCUGCCGCCGCCUCUGGCGUCGCUAGCUUCGUUUUCUCGGCUGCCAGGUUCUUCGUCGCGUGGGAGGCGGGCGGAGACGGGGUCUGCCUGUCUCCCGCCAUGUCCUGUUCCGACUGAUCUUUCGGUGGAACGUGCGGCAGACGCGUCUGUGUCGGCGCUUGCGUCAGUUUCGUCGCCGUCUUCAGAAACGUCUUCCUGUGCGAACUCGGUCUCGACGGCUCCGUCUUCGAGUGCGCCUUGCGCCGGCUGUCGCGUGCACCAGCCUCGCCCGAGAUGCACGUCCGUGUCCUGUUCGCCGUCGACCGUGUACACGCCCGAAGAAGCAAAGGGUUUCUCGUCCUGCGCACUGUCCUCAGCUCCCACCCACUUGAGCGCGUCUCCUGCGUCGGCCGCUCCUCUUGACGACCAGGGGAAGGCGUCGGAGCCAGCAAUGGGCACAACGUCCUCGUCGAUUCUCUCCUCGCCAAACUUCAAAGCGUCAGGCACUUCCCUGCUUUCCCUUCGCGGCCCCUCGUUUUUUGGUCCGGCGCUCUCGGGUGCUGCCUCGUUGAACCCUCUCGCGUCUACUUCGGUUGCGUCGACGACUGCUGGGUACACCUCGCCCAGCUUGGCGAUGAGCCUUCAGUCGCUAGAGAGGCCCGCCCGCGAAGUGGACGCCGGCCAGCCGGCUAUCUCCGCCGUGUCCCCCGCGCCCUUGAAUCCCCCCCCACAGCCAGCAGGACCUUCGCUGUUCCGCAGAGUUCGCUCGCUCAGACAGCUCCAGCAAGAUGUCACCGUCGUCUUCUCGACAUGGACGCACACGCUGGCGAACUGGGCGGCGCCCUGGGGAGCAGGCCCCGAGGAGGGUGGAUGUCUGAAGGCUGGCGAAAGGGCCGUGGUGCUUGGGAAACUGUUCUGGGUAUGCGACGAAGAGGCAGACGAGGACGCAGGAGAUGCAUGCGAAGAACCGGAGGGACGGAAAGUGCAGACGAAAGACGGGUCCGUGGAGUCACCCACGGCGUUAACGUGGUUGGGACGGCGCACCGCCAGGCAAAAAGGAAACGGCACCCAGGGGGGGACUACCGCCGUGGAGGCUGCUGCAGAGAAGCCCGCGGGCCUCUGGAAUCGGGCGGGGAUCCGAACCGGGGGUUCGCUUCAGGGGGGGAGCAUCAGCGCAUUGCCGCUUCGGCGACACUCUGCCGGGGUUCCAGGCGCCUCGAACAAAGCUCGAGGCGGCGGCUGGAAACGGACGUCGGCGGCUCUGUCCGGCCUCUUAGGUGGCGGAGGGCGCCGAGGUGGGACAGGCUGCGCGUCUGCGGGCCUGCAUGGGGCCGUGUCGUCCGAUUCAGGGGCGACCUGUGUGGCUGGGUGUGCCUCGGCAGUCUCCGACGCCGAGGGCCCCACCGUGCCUUGUCUCUCGCCGAAGGAAAAGAGGCAGGCGCUGGCGAAGCAGACACCAGGGAGCGAAAGGAGUCGAGGGACAGGGUCAGGUGAAGGCCGAAACAGCAAACGACGCCGCCUGGUGAAGAAAUUGCCAAUAUCGCUGCCGGGGGGAGAACCGUGGCCGGCCUGGCGCAUCGGCUGUGUCUCCUCAGACGUCGAAGAAGUCCAGCAGCAGCUCUCCCAAACCGUCGGCUCCAUUGCACGCUUCACGUACCGGAGCGGCUUUUCGCCGAUGUACAAGUGCUGUGGAGAGAAGAAGCGGCGAGCGGGCGGCGGCUUCGAAAGGGAAUGGAUUGCCAUCAACAGCGAUGUAGGCUGGGGAUGCACCGUCCGCGCAGCCCAAAUGUUGCUGAUGCAGGCCCUGAGGAGACACUUCCUGGGCGUAGCCGAAGAAGAAGGCGCAGACGAAACAGACGGGAGGGCGCCAGGCGACGCGAGCGAGGGGCGCCCCGUUCGCAGCGCCUGCUCCGCGGCUCUCGACAGUGGCAAUCUUGUUAGCGCGCAGGCAGAUCCCGGCUGUGGCGGCACAGCCGCAGGCCGACAACCAGGACUCGGUGAAGACACUUGCGAAGGAGGAGGCUGGCGUAUGAACGAGGGGGCGGGCGACAAGUCUCUGGAGGCCGAGAGACUCGCUGACAAGGAAGAAGAGAGAAGAGACGACCUGGAAGCCUUGUGCUGUUGUCACCACACGGAAAGGAUGGACAGACGUGUGCCAAAGACGGAGGCUGUCGCGUUGCUGUCUUCAACCUCAUGCAGCGGAAACAGAGAAGCGACGCAGACAGGUUCACUCGCCUCGGCUGGUGCCGGGGGCUCGAGAACUACAGACUCGCGGAUGGACAGCGGGACGCCUGCUGACGUUGUGUGCUCAGCCCCGGCCCCAACAUCCCCGCAGGACCAGGAGAGGGGCGGAGCGGGCCUGGCGAACCCGCACCGAAGCGUGGAGUCGAGUCCUCGCUCUGGCGCCGGGUCCUUGAACCCCGACUGCUGCAGUUGCACAACCCCGGAGGCCCUUUCGCCCGCCGCCCCCAGAGGCAUACCGAGGCGAUUUGCCUUGCAUGCGUCUGGGGCUUCGCCGACUUCGGGAGUCGGGGCGCGUGUCUCGCCGCAGGCCUCGCCGUCCACGGGCCAGAAUUGCCAGCAAGCAUCUGCGCAGACCUACGGCCCUUGCUGUCGAGCUCCGGAGGAACCCCCCGCUCUCUCGCCUUCGUCGUCAGACCUGGCACCUGGCCUUUCUCGGGCGGUUGGGCUCGGCGGCGAAACGCCCAGGGCGGGACCUCAGCAGAAGCGUCCGGCGGCGAUGGAGGAGCUGUUGCAGUGGUUCCUCGACGUCCCCUCGCCCCCCGGGCGUUACCCGUUCUCCAUAUUCUCCUUCAUCCGCGCCGCAGGAGGGGGCAUCGGCUGGGCCCGCCAGCUGUACGGAGAACUGUGUCUCGAGCAGGAACUGUUUGGCACGGGCCGCACAGAGAAGGCCUGGAAGUUCCCCUCGGCCGCCGCGCUUGCGUCUCAGCGCGAGAAGGCCGUGCGCUCCUCGGGCUUCUCAGCAACAGAGUCCGCGCGGUUUUCCGCGUUCGCGUCGCCCGUCCGGCCUGCCCCGUCCAAGUCUUGUACGGCUCUCCCGACGUGGUCUCUGGCGAGGCACAAAGGACACGCACAGAGAGACGGGGGCCCAGAGGACGGCGCGUCGCCUGCGCAGUCCAGCGAAUCGCAGAAAACGUCCUUCCUACCCUUUCCAACCUCGAGGUUCAGCUCCAGGCACGCGACGUUUUCGGUGCCACGCCCGUCACUCCCCUCCGCAGUCGGGGGGGUGGUGCACCCAGCAGCGACGUCGAGUCUCCGCGCACCUGAGAGGAGUUCCUGGCAAAGCAAAGGCGCUUCGCAGUGGGAACUCGAGAGGCCCCCGGCCUCGCCGCACUCUGAAGACGAAAACCCGUUGGAGCGACGAGGCCUCGGCAAAUUCGCAGGCGAGUGGUUCGGCCCCGCGACCGCAUCCAGCGCCGUCAAAUUGCUCGUAGAGGCGAUGCCUCAGACGAAGGACGAGUUGUACGUGUACGUGAAUUCCGACGGCCUUCUGUAUCCCGACGAGAUUCUGCUGCACUGUCGUGGAGUCGCAGGGGGCUCCGCGGGCCCCUCGCCGUUCGCGCGACCUGCGAGCCUCGGGGGGUUGUCCCGGGAGUCCGACUCCGAAGGGCCAGGGCCGAAGCGCGACGGCGAGGCGAACCCCACGACUUUGCAUGCGCCUGCGCGUGCGAGGCUCGAGUGCUGUCCGUGCUGUUGCCCCGCCCGGCCAGCUGGAGUCGAACGGGGGCCCGUUGCGUCAUCGCGGGGAUGGCGAGGUGAAGGUGGACCGGGAGCAGUCGGAGGCGUGAGGGACGAGCGAGCGGCGACGCACUCCCGCGGGGGGGCAGCAUCUUUCGACAAGAAACGCGAGAGGGGCGAACUCGAAGAGGGAACGGAGGACUGCGUGAGUUCUGGGCCCACGGGUCGUCGCUGCCCUGGGGGUGUCGGAACGGAGAGCAGUCGAGGCCGGCUCACAUCCUCGGGUUCUUCGCCUUCCUCCCGAGGCCACAGACAGGCGCAUGACGAGAGGACCAACGAUCGGUCUGGGGCGUUGAUUCCGGGACGCGCGAGGGACGAGGCUGCGGGGCGUGCGGCCGAGGUGACCUUGUCGAAGGGAAGCCCGCCAAACCACAACCGGCACGGUAGCUGCGCCGAGGAAGAGGACUGGGAAGAAAUUCCCUUUUGCGGCUGCGGCUCGCCUCACCUAACGCGUGUGUCGCCUCGAGCGAGCGUAGGAAGUCUGCGCCUCCCUGUGCGUCCUUCUUCAGGCGGCAACACAUCGAUUCGCGAGAACCGGGGCGGGGGGGCUGCAUCGGCCUCUCCGGCGAGUGCGCAUGCGUCUUGCACGCCGUGUCCGCUUUAUGAGGAGGUUCCUAGGUUCGACGAGGCGGGCGACACAGGAGCGGAAGGGGAAGAUGGGGCACAACGCAUGAGCCCGCGCCGCGAACACGAUUUCUCAGACGGGGGCCUGGACAAGGACGGCGAGUCAUCGGAAGCGGCGAGACGCGCUGGGCCAUCAGGAAAAGGAGGCAGCGGUGGCGAGAGCCUGGGGGAGGAGUCCUUUGAGGCAGCCGAAGAGAUUUUGCGUAGGCUCCUGGGUGAAGGAGAGAGGACGGCGGACGCGGGCGCAGGCCAAGGAUUCAGGGACGGAGACACAGGCACCGCAGAAGGCGACCCGGGUCCCUUCUCGCCUCUGCCAUCUCCCAUGUGCCCGUGCUUUUCGGAGGCCUGGCCCGCGGCAUGCGCCUGCGCUCCGUGUGCGGUCCCCGAGGAAGGGACUCCGCAGCUGUCGAGCGCAGCCGGCCCCACAGCCUACACGAUCCUCAGCAGCCCCAAAGGGCCGAGACCCCGCGCGUGCGCGUCUCCUUCCCUCCCGUCCAGCCGCGUGAGCCGCAGUGCACCGUCCUCCACGCGGCGCCGAGGCACCGAGAAGGACGCCUGCGGAGCAAUGCGGGCGACGUGUCUGGGCGCGCUGGAUGCAGCGGCGACCGUGGACCCGGAGACGCAACCGAAGCGGAUGGGCCUCGGCGGGGCGAGAAGGCGAUGGGUGGAACGCGACGAACCAGGCCCCGAGGCAGGGCGUGGAAAGGACGGAAUGGAAUCCCUUCGUGGACUCUCAAGGAGUGCCUCGGAAGCGACGAAGCAAGGGCGGACGCGAAGUGUUCCCAGACGCACCGAACGACAUGCGAUCCCGUCGGCGUCGCGCGGGAGCGCCGCUGUACGUACAGCCGGCGGCGCCCCAUUAACGACUGCGGGAGACACAGCAGAAGGAGGCGCGCGAGAGGCUGAAUGGAGGUCAGAGAGAAACACGCAGAGCGACACUCUCCAAGGAAGACAGACGGAGGUAUCGGGCCCGGGAAGAACCGCUGAGACGGAGGCGAGCCACGACGCACUCUGUGUGGGGGAGUCGGAUGGCGAACACGAAACACCAAUGCGAAUAGGUGGCGACGCGCUCGAGGCGACCGCGUGCAGAACAAAGGGCCCAAGCGGCGCGACAGACUGUGAACGAUACACGCAUCUCCCUUCGGUUCCUCUGACUGAGCCGAUGACACCCGUCCGGUCGGUCUCCUUUCGUUCGUCCAGCGGUCCCUCGGUUGCCGAUCCUGGUCGUCAGGUUCAAGAGCGUGGCCGGCACAGAGCGCGAGGUGCACGGUUGGAGCUUGGGGAAGAAGGGGGCGCUGAAAAAGAUUCAGAAACCUCAAUCUCGGUUGCCUCCCGACCCUUCUGGUCGGCGCCCCGUUUGCCUCAGCUUCGGAAUCUUCGUUCGCGAUCUGUGUCUGUGUCUGUGGUCCCCCACACGCAGUUCACACUCGCACGCAGUCGCCGGGAGCAAGGCGAGGCGCCGGCGACGCUGCUGGCGUCCACCGCUGUGUUGACCCGUGUGCGGACGCCCGUGGACGACGCGCGUGGCGGUGUGGGGUCGCCGUUUGAAUCGCCCUCCGCACAGGAGGCGGGCGUCGUUCUGAGCGAAGAGCUGACGCGCGAGGACCGCACCCAGCGAAGUGUCUCCGCUCACGACGGCCCGAGGGGCCUGCGCGCCCGCGAUGGGUCCGGCGCAGCGCUUAACGGCGAGCUUUCUCCCCCAGAUGCGGAGCCGGCGCAGGCGCCCGACGACCCUGCAGAAGACGAGAGUCGGUUUCUCACGGGUUUCUCGAGUCUCACGCUCAGUCCCCACUCGCGCGAGGGCGAGGCCGGCUGCAGAAAACGGGCGGGGCCUCUGGUGCCGCCGUUCAUUCCUCGCCUUCGGGCGCUUCCGCGUGCUUUCGAGGCCUUUGCGCGCAGCGGGGAGAGCGAGGGUCCGCGGUCGCGGGGCUUCUUGCCGGAGGACCAAGGAGACGGGAAGCAGCGGGGUUUGGAUGAUGCAUGCGGAAGAGGCGGCCGAACGAGCUCGCAAGGCCGAGAGACCGAUAUGUCGCCGGCGUCCUACCGCGAUGAUAACUUGCCGGGCGUUCGCGGCCUGCUGGAGAGCGAUGCGUCCCCGAUGUUUCUCUCAGCGUCGCAACAGAUGAACACGAGUCGCAGUGAGGGCAGUGCGGCGCUGAGUGAUGGAAGCGCGACUGGGCGAUGGUGCUCAGUGGAGACGCUUUUGCCGGGCGCCGGCGAAGACGACAUUUUGCUGGCUUCCAGCGUUCUCGUCUCUCACAGGAAUCUGCCUUGUGCAGAGUGCGCCUCCUCGCGCUCGACAUGCCCCGAUACUCGCGUGCUCUUUCCCACCGAAAAACCUGACGGUGAAGACCGAGAAAACGGAGAAGCCGGCGAGCAUGGAGAUGUUGACGAGCGGCGAAGACCACCGGGAGGUGGAGACGCAGUCGCAGACGAGCCCCAGACACACGCGAGAGGAUGCGGCUUCAGUGACGCCGGUGGAAGCCGGUUGUCGUCUCGGUCGAGGCGCCGGGCGGCGAAGGGCGGUUACGACGCCGGGGACGGCUGCGACAGGGCGGAGGUCUGGAGGGUGCGUCGGAGUGCGCCGGGACGCCUGAAUGGCCCAAAAGGCGGUGCCGCGUCGGCGGACGUGGGGGAGGGUCGUGAGUAUGACGCCGACAGCGCGUGGGUGUCUUUUCUCUUUUCCCCGCGUAGACACGCCUCGCCGGGAAAACCUGGACGCGAUACGUCGCCGCGCAAGGCGCGCAGGCCUUCCUUGGGCGCGUUCGUCUGUCUCUGCUGUAGUGGCCAGAGCGUCGCGCGCCGUUUUUGCAGUGUCUGCGGAGACCCCCGCGACGGCGAACCCGCAGGCGAAGGCGAGCAGGAAGGGGACGCGUGCGCUGAGCGCUGGGGAGCCGAGCCGAAGGGCGUCGUCGGGACCCCAGCGGCCGGAGACUCCUCGGAGACAGGCGAGAGCGGGACGAGCGCGGAGGAGACUGGUACGUCGGGGGGACAGGCGGAGGGACCCGGCCACGGACGGCAGGCACGUCGCAACGUGGAGACGACUGCGGAGACGACUGCGCAGCCAGAACAGACAAAGAGCGAGCGCGAGGACGAGCAGGGAGGCGCAGCGUUUCGCGUGUCGGCGAGUGACCGAGACAGCCUGGAGGCUCUCCAAGGGUGCGGAGAGAACUGCGAGGAAGAGGACGCGUUCUCGGAGUGCGUGUCGGCGGGCGAGGCAGACCCGUGUUCCGAGGAACCGCUUCUCGACGGCUCGCCGUGGCGCCGCGGGUGUCUUCUUCUGUUUCCACUGACGCUCUGCAGCGGCGAGAAGAUCAACCCGGUGUACGUGCCUUCGCUGCUGGCGUAUCUGGAGCUGCCGUGGUCGGUCGGCAUGGUGGCAGGGCGCGGCCAGCAGGCGUUUUAUUGCAUCGGCACGCAACAGAAGGCGCUGCUGUAUCUCGACCCCCACUCCGGCAUCCAGCCGCCCGCCCUACAGCUUCCCUCGGCGACGCCGUCGUUCUUUGCGGGUUCGUGCUGGAAAAUUGCGGAUGUCGCGGCUCUGAAUCCUUCGCUGUCUGUCGCCUUCUUCGUGCGGAGCGGGAGCCAGUUGGCUGGGCUCAUGGCGGCUCUGAAGCAGAUCGAAACGACCGACCCGUACUCGAUGCUGCAAGUCGUUGCGCGGCGGCCUUCCCCGUCUUCGCUCGAAGUGCUCGACGGCGACGACGACGCGUUUCUGCCGCUGGCCGAAGCCGAGGAACCUGUGGAGGAAGACGUCCUUGGCGAACUUGGAAAGCUUGCAGACGGGGAAGAACGUGGUGCCACAGACCAGCGAUAUGAACAGCGCAACUUGGCGCAGACGCACGCCGGAGCGGAGCAGGCAGAGACUCACGCGAAGGCGCCCGCCGCGCUGGGUGGCGCCUCGGAGACGGGCGAAGGGGGUCACCAAAUGCUCUCUUCAAAGUCGUCCCUCUCAUGUUUCUCGUUCGCGUCGGCGUCGUCGGUGCCCUCGUUCUCUGCACUGUCUUCGUCUCCGGCGGCAGGCGAGCAAGAAAACCAGCCUGGCCGAGCCACCAGAAACGACGCAGAGUCAGGAGAGGCGACAACGACAAACGGGGGGGAGACAACGCAUCCAGGGAGAGAAUGGCCGACGGGAAGCCUCUCGGCGCGGGGGCGGACUGAGCGGGACGCGACGGCGACAGGUGUCUCCUCGCCGCAACGGCUGUCUCCUGGCGACGCCCGUCGGGCCCCUGACCAGAUGGCCGGCCCAGGCGACGGCGAGGAAGAAACAUGCGAAGAAGCCACGACCCAAAAAGAAGUCUCUCACGCGGGUGCGGAGAUUGAAGGCGGGGAGUUCGACGGCGGCGGGAGACACAGGAAGAAACGUGGAGAGACGAGCGACACUAAACGCGAGUGCGUGUACGGCUGCUUGCCUGAGGCGACGGCGGGACCGCUCGGGGAGGCUUCUCGAUUGACGGCUGGAAAUGGCCAAUCCAGUUUGCGUGGCGGUGCGCCGUGGCGAGUACACGAGGCAGCGCACUGGGGAAGCGGGGACGGGCAGAGUGGCGGUGUGGCGGCGCCGUCCUUGUCUCCCAGAGAAGUGGACUCAUCCGCAGAGCCCAAGGCGAAGACGGACAGCAGAGGAGGCCGGCUCGGAGGCACUCGAGACGCGGCUGGGGACGGACCCGGCCCAGACGCAGCGCGCACCCCAGAGGGAGAAGAACAGACAGAGACCGUAAACGGAGAACAGAAGGCCUCGGAAACUUUCGACUUCCAGGGCGACGCGAACCGAAGGACCGACCGCGGGUGCGGCAGGCCAGGAUCGUAG